UUACUGUCAAAAGACACAUAGAUUCAAAUAUUUCAAAUUUCCUAAUUCGAGGUUUAUGUCAUAGUAUUUGUAAAUUUGUGCUGUGUUUUGUGAGUGAUAACGAUAAACGUGACGAUAAGACAGUCAGCACAUUUUGAAGAAAACAUUCUAUAAUGUCACAAAAUAAUAACCCAUUUUCCGAAUUAAUGGGAAGCAAAAAUAAUGAAUCUAGUAGUGGCAAUUCAGAAUCUAUUUCAGUACAUAAAAUAACAUCAAAGAAAAGCAAUGAAAAUCAGUGCGUUGAAACAAUCAACAACAUCGUCGAAAAUGUUUUCCACUUUACCAUAAAUGCAGAUGCUGCUGAUGAAAAGUCUGGCAAGCAGCUCGUUUAUCUUGAAGAAUUAGCGCAAGUUAUGAAUUUAAGUUGCAUUGAUUUGGAGACUUUAGAACAAGCUCUAUUUGAAAGAUUACUUCUUGGAGACAUAGAAAAAAAUGUGAUCCCCAAAUCAAGCAAAGUUUUCAAAGAACAUGUUGUUCAAAAACUUGUUUUCCCUUACUUAUUUAACUCUAUGCAAAAUUUACAAAGCUAUGAGAAUAUAAAUGAUGAUAUAGUAAGAAAUGGAAUUAAAAAGAUGAAAGAACUAAUAUUUAGAAAUGCUGUUACUGUCCUUAAACAACCUGCAUUAUUUGAAGAGCAGGAUUUUGCAAAACAACUUUUGGAACUACUACAGCAUGUAGAUCCGCAAAGUCACAUAUUCUUUAUUGAUUUAGUAAAAGCCUUCAUGGCUGAAGGAAAUGCGGAAUCAAAAGACCAAUUGAGAGACACAAUGAUUCCAGUCCUGAAAAAAAUGCACAUAGAACUGAAAAGUUUUAAUAUAAUUGACUUGCCAAUUUAUAUUUUGCCAUCUAUUAAUUUAUUUGCAAGUAGUCCAUUUUUAGCACCAAUUUUAUUGGAAGCAUGUGAGCCAGAAGAUGAAACUAUUGGGAUUCAUUACCAAAAUACAAUUAUAGGUGGAUUACUUGCUUUGUCUCCUCUUCCAAGAACAGCAGCAGCGACUCAGACCUUUUUUGAUAAUCCCUUGGAUCAGACGUCUAUAUCAAUGACAGAAACAUCUCUUUGGAAUGCUACAUCACAUCUUAUAAACAAUAUGCACAGAGUAUUUUUGACACUAUUAAAGGCAGGCCCUGACAUUAAAUAUAGGCUACUAAGAUGGAUUGCAAAAUGUCUGAAAAAUAAUGCAGCCAGGGGCAAAUUGUGGAAUAUUCAGGGUGGUGAAUAUAACUCGUCCACAUUAAAUUAUGUAUCAGAUGGUUUUAUGUUAAACCUGGGUGCAGUUUUAUUACAACUUUGUCAACCAUUCUGCUCUGUGCCAAAUGAUCCCAAGUCACUUAAAAUAGAUCCAACAUAUGGCGCCGUACCUCCUGAAGAAUGCGAAGCGAAAUCAGUGCACUUGGACUGCCUUCAUACGGAGACAUGUCUCCUCCCAGCUCGGGAAACUGAAGAGGGAGUAACUGUUAAACGUCCAACCGCCGAGACAUACAACUUUGUUACUGAAUGUUUUUUUAUGACACAGAAGUGUAUCGACUUGGGUUUCCGCGUUUGUGUCGAAAAGCUGUACCGGUGUAGCCAAGAAGUGAGCAGGGCCCAACGUCAAGCGGGGGUCGCCGGAACCGCUAGUAAUUUAGUGGAACGCUUAUUACAAUUUCAUAUGACCAAAUAUUUGUGCCUCCGUUGCGCGUUGUUGGAGAAGGAGACUCUCGCUAACCUGCAUCGCUUCCAAGCGAUGACCUGCACUUGGCUGGUCCAGGUCUCGAUUCGGGAGAACGAGAUCCGAUCGUGCUACGCGCCCGGCGUCCUGGCGCCCGUGGACCUGCCCGUCUCCACGCCGCCGCCUGACACGUUGAGAUGCGUUCCUGAAUUCGUGUUAGAAAACGUAAUAGUGGUAAUAACGAUGGCUCGACGCAUGGUCGGCGCCGUCACCGAGGAGGCGGACCUGGCUGGACUGCUGCAGCCCGCUCUGACGCUCGUGUUGGCCUUCAUGAGGGACUCGAGCAGGACCUACAAUCCACAUUUGAGAGCCCGAUUGGCAGAAUGUCUGGAAGCAAUGUUACCGAACCAUGGCGACGAACAACAACCGCUGAGCAACAUGGCGUCCUUCUAUCGGGAACAAUUGUUUAAGGAGCACCCUCACAGGCUGCAGUUAGUGCCGUGCCUCUUGGACGUGUUCGUAGGCAUCGAGAUGACGGGCCAAAGUGUCCAGUUUGAGCAGAAGUUCAACUACCGCCGACCCAUGUACGUCGUCAUGGAGUUCCUUUGGGGCAUACAGGAGCACCGGGAUGCUUUUACUUAUCUCGCAGACGAAGCGGAAGCGAACAUGGAGGCAGUUCAUCCGCCAAUUUUCCUUCGCUUCGUGAAUUUGCUGAUCAACGACGCCAUCUUUCUUUUGGACGAGGCCCUCAGCAAUAUGGCCCAGAUACGCAUCAUGCAAAAUGCGCGAGAAUCGGGCGCAUGGGCAUCCCUUCCUCCACAAGAGCGUGAGCAGAACCGGGCAAAUCUGACCCAUAUCGGAAUGCUGGCCCGUUUUGAUAAUAUUUUAGGGAAAGACACGGUUCGCACGUUAGCCCGUUUGACUGCGCACGCGCCGCACUUUUUCUGUCACCCGACUUUGGUCGAUCGAGUUGCCUCCAUGCUGAAUUACUUCUUGUUGCACCUCGUGGGACCUACCAAGAGGAAUUUCAAGGUAAAAGACAUGAAGGAAUAUCAGUUCGAUCCGGCCGUAAUAGUCCUGGAUAUUUGUCGGAUGUAUGUGGAACUCGGUUCCAACGAGAGGUUCUGCGCUGCGGUCUCUGACGACGGAAGGUCCUAUUCGCCACAGCUCUUCGCCCUGGCUGAAACGGUUUUGGUGAGAAUUGGAGGAGGCUGUUUAAUAUCAUCCCUACAAGAAUUGGCAUCCAGGAUUAGCACAAUGGCCGUUCAACGAAAACGCGACGAAGACAUCCUCUCGAACGCCCCGGAAGAGUUCCUCGACCCCAUCAUGAGCACCCUGAUGCUCGACCCGGUCGUGUUGCCCAGCUCCAGGACCAUCGUAGACAGGACCACUAUUGCUAGGCACCUCCUGAGCGACCAAUCGGAUCCAUUCAACCGUUCCCCGUUGUCAAUGGACCAAGUGAAGUCGGACACGGAACUAAAGCAGAGGAUACACGCGUGGAUCGCCGAACAAAAGCAGAAAGUGCAAUUGUCUGAGAGUAGUUCUUAAGUUAUUUAAAAAUGCCCAUUGACAUUUCGUAUAUACUUAUGAUACAGUCUCGUCCCAAUCGGGUACGGUGCAGACUGUCAAUCUGUUUUGCCGGAAAUCGAACUCGGGACCUACGGUACAGCUAAUAGUUGUAUAUCGAUUAAACAUUUUAAACUAUUAGUUGGUAAUAUUCAAUUUCUGAAUGUCUUUAUUUUUGUUUGUUAUUAAACAAAAUCCGUCUAAUUCAGUUUUAACGGAGCCACUGUUCUCUUUUCGUGGCGAGGAGGGCGAGGAGGACGCGAUUUGAUAGUGUAGUUAAAUAGCUGUAAGGGUUUUAGUGCCGAGGUAUUUUCGGUUUCCUUUAGAAAGUCUUUUUAAAAGCACUACCAUUAUUCGUUACUUAUAUUUGAGGUUUCAAAAAAAUACUUUUUCCAUAAAUUUUUGUGAUAUUAUUUUAAUAAAAAUUUCAUAAUUGCUCAAUAUUUUGGAGUGAUUCGCUUUUCAAGUAAUGUUACUUGUUUUCCCACCAAUCUAUAUGCGGUUUAUUUAACUUUAUAAAGUUAAAUUAUGUCCAUAGCGCGUAUUAUAUAUUGCUUGUUAGUAAAUUAACAUAUUUUUUUUUAAAGUAAAUUCUAUUUGUUCGUUAUUUUUAGAAAUACUGUUGUAUGAAAAACAUUUUUUUAGCCGUUUACACUUCUCAAGGUAAGUUUCAGUCGAGACUUAGCACCAAGUUUGCCUUCCUCGUGUCAAAUCCGAUACGUUUUUGACAUACGUGAGUCACCCUUAGCUCUACGUCUCGGCUCCGAACCUUAACCUAAGUGUAAAACCAUGAUUACUACAUUUAGUGUAAUAAAGUCGUCGUUCCAAACGGUCCCAAGACUACUUAUUUUGUAUGAUCUUGUAAUGUAAGAACACAAUAAUUGUUAUAAAAUGAGAAUAAACUUUUUGGUGUAA